AUGAAAAAGAAGCUGUAUAACGACCAUUUUAGUUUACUUGGAAAUAAAAUCAAGUUUGAAAUGCCAUUGACGAUACUGGAAUACAAAGUGACGAACCUGAUGAAUAAAUUAGUAUGGGACGCACAAAUAAAGGACUACACAAACGCAGUGCAGAAAGAUCACGUGGAAGCACUAAAAAUACAGGCGAUGUUUGAUGAGAAACAGGAAGCAUAUGAACCAAUAAUAUUGGAUAUCUCAGAACAAGUGGCACCAGAGUUGUUCGGAAUAGAUAAGGUGACAGGAUUUCUGGGAAACGGAGAAUACAUACUGUACCAGAUGAAGAAAGAGUACGCAGACCACUAUAGAAUAAAGACGGUAGUUGACACAGGGUGCGACUAUAAGGAACUGUUCGAAAUGGACGAAACGUUCAUAUUUUCAUCAGUGGAAGUGUUCACGAACAAGUACAGGAAGAUAGUGGUGAUAAACUCGAUGGUUAAGGACGGAGAAAGCCUGGUGAGAAGACAAGAUAUGCUGAAGAAAAUAGAAGAAGAACAAGUGUACUACAGAAGAGUGGUAGGAAUGGCAAGAUCGGUGGUGUACUCAGGACUGGAAAAAAACUUUCCAAUAAAAAUAAAUCUAUUUCUGCACGAAAAAGAAAACUCAGUGUAUGAGUCGACAGAAACAAUGAGAGAAAAUGAAAAAUACGUAAAGUUUCAAAUAAGGGAGUCGGACGGAAGAGGAAUGAAGUACGUGUUCAAGUAUAUAUUCGGAGACAUACUGGAAAGAAGAAGGUACAAAAUCGGAAAUGUGCCGGAGGAGCCAUGCAUAAAAGACUACAACGUGCUUAAGAAAAAUGUGCAUCAAACGCAAGUGAUAGUAGCAAGAUCAGGAUCUGGAGUUAACAUGGAAAUGACAGAGUACAGAGUGUACAAUAUCCUAACUAAAGGUCUUAAGUUAGUAAAAAAAAGAAUCGCUGAGAAAGAAGAGUUAAAUCGAAAACAAACUAAAGAUCUGAAGGCCAAAAUGAUUUAUUUUAACAUAUUUCAAUUAUUCUUUAUUCUGAAACUCUGCUCAGGAAUGAGGUACAUAGACCUGAAAAACAACGUUAUCUCAGAUGGAGUGGAAGUGGAACACGGAUAUUUCAUGACCUCGGGAAAGUACAAGAUGUUUCACGCGAGAGAUCCGCCGCUUGAAGUCAUCCAGUACGGGCAGACGAGAGUGUUCCCGGACAUGGACUACGUGGAAGGAACGCACUCGCUCUUCGUCGAACAGUUCAAAGUGGGCGACGAAGAGGCGCUGAGCAUAUACGUCUUUAGGAUCUCGGUGACCACCAGCAGCGUAGUGUACAAGGUCUAUUUCCAAAAGGCGGAGUUCUGCUACAAGUUGAUAGACUGCAGCAAGUUCACGGAGCUGAUCAAGGGCAAGAUACACCUGUCGAUAGACCUGUCGAGAAGCAAGAACCACCCGUUCUUCAACGUACACACGAAGGAGGAGCACGGCGUGUCGACGACGCUGAUAGAGAUAAGGAAGUCGAUAUCAGGUUUCAGACUAAGAAACGUAGAGACUAAGAGGUACGAGUUCGGAAGAGUUAUGGACUCGGGAUUCCCGAUAUACAUGGGAUACUCAAAGCUAAACAUGUUUUUAACCAAGGCCACAUCAAUAUUUAUACACAAAGAGGAUAAUAGAAACUACAUUGUUCUGAGACAUUGGACUAAAAAUAUAAGGUUUGAUUUAACUACGAUCAAUGGAAUACUAUCUUGGAAUGCAGUAACUGACCCGGAGCCGAGCCUGUCGGAAGAUAUGCACCUGAAGGUGUUCAAAGUGAGAGAUAGAAUAGACGCAUACAAAGCACUGAACGUGUUAUCGACGCUGGACUUGGCGGAAAACAUAUCACCGGAACUUCUGGGAAUAGAAAAGAUAACAGGAAGACACGGAGGAGCCUCGUACAUACUAUAUCACUUUGAAUUGGGAAAGGAAAAACGUAAUAAAAUAAAGUACAUAGUCAACAGUGAGAUGGUAGACAUGCUAAUAGCAAAGAUAGAUGACAGGACGUUGCACACCAAGGUGGAAAUAAUAACAAAUUCACACAGAACAUUUGUGAUGAUAACGUGCCUGAUGAAGAUAGACCUGGCUUAUGAAACAGUGAUAAACUACUACGACAAGCCGAACAUGGAGAACACGAGCUACUACAACAUACCAGAGCCUUACCAGACUAAGAUCGUAUCAGACAUGUACGAAAAGUUCCCGAUUCAGAUAAACCUGGACAUCGAUGACCCGCCCUCAAUAGUGGACCACGGAGAGAUUCAGUACGACGAGUUCGUCCUCAAGUACUACAGAAUCAAGAACGAGGACGGAAGAGGAUCAGUACUGACAGGAAAGUACGUGUUCGGAGACGUAUGGAAAAAGGAUCUGUACGAAGUAGGAAACAUUCCAUACGAGGAAAACAAGAAAAGGUACAAGGUGUUAGCGCACUCAGUGAACUCGAGUAGGAUCAUAGUGAAGCCAAAAAAUAUGGAGUACCCGGUACUUCCGGAGGAAUUGCAAGAGUAUGUAAUAAUAGAUGUACAUAUAGUGUUUACAUCUGUAAAUGAGAAAAGUGAAAAGGGUACACACAAAGGGGAGUUGUCGAGCAAUAGAUUCAUGAACAAGGACGAGUUUUAA